UCUUGAACGUUGACAUCCUGUCUAGGAUGAAGACAACAACAAUCUUUGCUUGGAUACUUGUAGCUUCGAACAUAGACGCCAUUUUUUCUCAAGUGACUUGCCCCGAUCCAGGAAAUGUGCUUAAUGCAUAUCGAGUGAAUAUAAAUAGUCCGUCCGGACAAUCUCCAGUGUAUCUUCCCGGACAUACUGUCCUUUACGGUUGCAAGUCCGGCUACGUCCUGGAGGGAAACACCUACAUCUCAUGUCUACCUUCCGGAAGCUGGUCGAGCAAAAACCCGGUCUGUUAUUCGACUGCGACCACAACAACGGAAGCAUCACAGGAUCAAUCGCUCUGCCGUGACCCUGGAUACAUCAAAAAUGGCGAUCGCAUGUCCACGCACCCCAUCACCUCUCGUCAGCACCAGCGGGGAUUUCGACUGGGGACGCAAAUGACGUACUACUGCGUCGAGGGGUACCAACUGCGAGGAACUGAUUCCAUAUACUGCACUAGUGGAGGAAAAUGGACGGCGAAAAGGCCAUCGUGCGAAUCGACUCCCAAAUCGGGAUGA